CUUAUCGGUUUAGAUAAAGUUGCAUUACUCAUGCGGUUGUGUUUUUCUCCUUACAUGUUCACAGCGUUUUUUGCUAGUCGGAAGUCAGGUACAGCCGCAUUAAGAAUGGUUCCUAAAGAUUUGUCGGAGUUAACCAGUGGCGAAAUGAGAGAGUUUCUAAAUUCGUUCGAUACCGUUUUAUGCGAUUGCGAUGGUGUCAUUUGGAAUUUGAGUCGUCCUAUCGCGAGAGCAAAGGAAUCACUCGAAAAGCUAAGAAAAUGUGGAAAGGACGUCCAUUUCAUCUCCAACAACAGCGCCUUUGGAACUUCAGGCUAUCUCAGAUUAUUGAAAAAGUUUGACCCAGAUAUAACAGAUGACGAUCUUAUCGUACCGAGUCACGCUAUCAUCGCCUACCUAAAGCGGGUACGCUUCGACAAGGAGAUAUUUAUUCUUGGAACCAAGUUCAUGAAGGACGACUUCCAAAACGCUGGACUUUGCUUGGCGAAUACGGAGUAUGAGAAGACCGUCGAUACAUAUGAAGCAAUACGCGAAUUAGUUGAGGAUAAUAUAAGUAUCGGAGCGGUCAUCUGUGAUUACGAUAUUCAUUUGUCGAAUAUCAAACUGUCACGUUCAAUCGCUUUCCUUCGACGCCCCGAUGUUCUCCUUAUAACAGGCGCUACUGAUCGAAAAAUCCAUAUUGAUUCCGAAAUCGUUCUACCAGGGCCCCACUUCUAUCAAAGUUCCUUGGUGGAAAUAACCGGACGAACGCCUCUAGCAUUCGGAAAGCCUUCGAAAAAUCUCCAAAAGUACGUCGCGACAAAGUAUGCUACUCGGAAUCCGUCGAGAGUGCUGUUCGUGGGCGAUUCAAUUGAGCAGGAUAUCCAGUUCGGUUCAAGCUGCGGGUACCAAACGUUGUUGGUAUUUACUGGGGUGUCUACCAUGGAAGAAAUGAAGAAUAGUAAAAGUGAUAACCUUGUUCCAAAUUAUUACAUAAACAGUUUAGGCGAUCUCUGUGACGUAAUUGAAAAAAAAUUAGAUCUGUGAGCGUUCGGAUAGUGUGAUUAUAGAUAAAGAAAUGAAGCCUUAACUAUA